AUGGUUCUUCAGAUAAUCUUAAAGAAAAUUAUUAGGGGAUUGAUUUCAUCAUCCAAAGCUAAUAUUUUUUACAUUGAUUAUAAUUUUCAAAAUAUAAAUGUAAUAUUUAUUUAUAAUCUUGUACUAGCUGGCUUUUAACUAUGACAAAAUUCAUAAUAAUGGAUUAAAGUGUAUUAAUUAUGGAAUGAAGUGUUCUGAAUUUAAAGGUAAUUAUAUUACUUGUUCCAAAUUUAUUGCUAUUGAUGGACCAUGUAAAGCAACACUGAUGAAUGAAUUCAUAAUUAGUAAUUGCACAACACGUGUAUGCAAUGAAGCACCUAACACAAUAAAAACCGAUUAAGAAUGUUAAAUAUACCAUCAUCAUGUUAUACUACUGGUUAUGGAUGUACAUCUAUUAAAUAAUGUGAUAAUUUGAUUACUUAAGUAGCUUGUUAAGAAAAAUAAGAAUGUUCAUGGACUCAUUUUUGUAAUUAAUAAUAUAACAGCUGUGAUUCAAUUAAAAAUGCUAGCUAUUCUAUUAGUUUUAACUCAAAGAUAUAAAAUUAAACAUGUGUAUAAACUGAAAAUACUAGCUUAAUGUCGUUCUUAAACUUGCGAUGAUUUACUUAAUUAUAUUACAUCUCAUAGUUUAUGUAAUUAAUUGAAUCUCAAAUGUAAAAAAAUGGAAUUGGUUGAUGUUCUACUUAUAGAACUGCUUCUAUUUUUCUUUAUGCUUAAGGAGUAUAAAAAUGUAUUUGGGAUGAAAGAGAAAAAGGAUGUAGAGAUAAUAGAUAUUCUGAUUUUAACGGCAGAACUGAUGUUGAGUGCGAAUAAUAAAUGA